CGCUGAGCUCGCAAGCCAAUUCAAAAAGCUUUCUGUGGAAACCUUACCUUAAAAUUUUUAUUAUUUUAUUUUUUUUUAAAUUGUUCCCUCUUGUGCACGUAAAGGAAUUACAUUUUAUUUAGAAAAUGUUGGAAACAGAAAUUUUGCCAAUCCCAAGUUUGGAAACCAAACCCAGCGAGUAUGACUCGUAUCAAUGUUCACUCUCAUCAACAUAUAAGGAUAUUGCAAAGGAAGAGUUGAGAGAAGAUGAGAGUGUAAGAUCCCAAUCAUUAGCACAAUUUCGUGAGUGGAUUGCUAAGCAUCCACACAUCAAAAAGUGUAGAACUGAUGCACCAUUCCUUUUGAGAUUCCUAAGAACCAAAAAGUUUUCCGUCCCUGUGGCUUGUGAGCUUCUCGAAAAAUAUUUAUCAGUACGUCAACUCUUUCCACAAUGGUUCCAAAAGCUCGACAUCAACGAUCCAGCAAUCGAAGCAAUUGUUGACAGUGGAUAUCUCUUUCCAUUACCUGAGCGUGACGAUCAAGGCCGUAGAAUAAUCUUUUCAUGUGCAUCACGUUUCGAUGCAACGAAAUAUACAUCCGCACAAAUGGCAAGGACACAUGCAAUGAUUGUUGAGUCAUUGUUGGACGAAGAAGAGUCACAAGUUGCCGGAUAUUGUUACAUCACAGACGAAGGUGGAUUAACAAUGAAUCACAUUAGUUUAUGGUCGUUUGUUGAUCUCAAAAGAAUGUCGAAAUGCAUUCAGGUAUCGUCACCAAUGAGACACAAAGAAACUCAUUUCGUUAAUAUUCCAUCCAUUGCAAAUAAAGUCAUUGAAUUUGCUAUGAGUUUGGUCAGUGAUAAAUUACGCAAGCGAAUGUUCUUCGAUAAAAAUGUUGAUGAACUAAAAUCGCGUGUCAAUCCUGACUUGCUACCAACUGAAUAUGGCGGUAAAGUCUCAAUGGAUGAAAUGAUUGCCAAGUUUAAGGAGACAUUAAAGAAGAAUCGUGAAAAAACAUUGGCAUUGGAUGAUAUGUUCAUUGACUUGGAAGGCGCACCUGUUAAUUGGUUGAGCAACGAUGAUGCAGACAUUGAAGCUGGAAUUGUUGGAUCUUUUAGAAAAUUAGAAGUUGAUUAAGUUUGAUAUUCUGUCAAUCUGUUCUAUCUUUAGCUUCUUACUAUUUGUGCUUUUAGAUUUAGUGUCUUUUUAGAUUUCUGGUAGAGAACAAUGCAUGACAAUUAUCAGCAUAUCCUGAAUUGUUUCAUUGUUACUGUUCAUUUCAAUAGUUCCUUUCAGUAGCAAUCAACCUAAAACUUAACCUUCAAAUUUAAGCUUCCUCCUUCCUUAUUGAUUUAGUUUUAAAAUAUUUUUGUUAAGAUUUUUUUUUAUUAUUUUAUCAAUUUCUGGAUGCAAUCAGCACGAUGAAGAUUGAACAAUUUAUUAUUUUAAUUUUAUUAUGCAUCAAUGUGAAGGAAGUCUUAUGACUCCUUUGACAAAACAUUGAGACAGGUGGAGAUGUUACCAAAUAAGCUGUGAUGAUUUUUUUUGUAAGAAGAAAAAGUAAACUUUUUUUUGAAUAAUCGAAAACAGCAUGUUGAGCAUGAAAUAUUUCAAUUAUUGCAUACUGCAUAAAAUAAUUACAGCUUUUGCACAUUUUUUCAUUAAGAAACAAGAUUUAAUUUUAAGUAUGUUUGAUUUAUUGCACGUAUCACAUUAUCGUAUUAUUAAUUGGGUAAUUAAUGCACAACUGCAUCAGACUAUAUCCAUAGCUAAUACAUGACUUUUUAUUAUAUGUGAAUUUUGUUAAUUUAAAGGAAAUUUUAAUAAAGUUUUUUACAUUUUGUAAAAAAAAAAGGCACAACUUU